GACAGAGGAUGGUGCAUCCUCCUGGCCCUGGUCUGGCACGGCACGGGUUGCAUGGGGGCCAAGGAGCUCCAGUGCCAGGAGAUCUCGGUCCCCCUUUGCAAAGGGAUCGGGUACAAUCACACCUUCAUGCCCAACCAGUUCCACCACGACACCCAGGACGAGGCGGGUCUGGAGGUGCACCAGUUCUGGCCCCUGGUGGAGAUCAAGUGCUCCCCGGACCUGCGGUUCUUCCUGUGCAGCAUGUACACCCCCAUCUGCCUGGAGGACUACAAGAAGCCCCUGCCCCCCUGCAGGAGCGUGUGCGAGCGGGCCCGGGCCGGCUGCGCCCCCCUGAUGAGGCAGUACGGGUUCCCGUGGCCGGACCGGAUGCGGUGCGACCUGCUGCCGGAGCAAGGGAACCAGGACACGCUGUGCAUGGACCACAACGGGAGCCAGACCACCACCGUGUCCCCCCCGGUGCCGGUGAAGCCCACCCAGCGACCCCUGAAGCCCUUCAACCCGAGGAAGAAGAGCGGGUACGGUCGAGGGGGGGUCCCGGGGAAACACGUCAAACCCGCAGCACCCCCUCUUCUCCCCUGCGAGUCCGGCUGCUUCUGCCGGGCCCCCAUGGUCCCGGUGCCCGGAGACCACCCGCUGCGCAACCGGGUCCAGACGGGCCAGGUCCCGAACUGUGCCAUGCCGUGCCACAACCCGUACUUCACCGCGGAGGAGAGGAGCUUCACCAGCUUCUGGAUCGGACUCUGGUCCAUCCUGUGCUUCCUGUCCAGCUUCUGCACCGUGGCCACGUUCCUGAUCGACAUGGACCGGUUCCAGUACCCGGAGCGACCCAUCAUCUUCCUGUCCGCCUGCUACAUGCUGGUCUCCCUCGGGUACAUCGUGCGCCUGGUGGCCGGGCACGAAGCGGUGGCCUGCACCCGGGACCACGGCCUGGACCAGAUCCACUACGACACCACGGGUCCGGCUCUGUGCACGGUGGUCUUCCUGCUCAUCUACUUCUUCGGCAUGGCCUCGUCCAUCUGGUGGGUGAUCCUGUCCCUGACCUGGUUCCUGGCGGCCGGGAUGAAGUGGGGCAACGAGGCCAUAGCGGGUUAUUCCCAGUACUUCCACCUGGCGGCCUGGCUCGUCCCCAGCAUGAAGUCCAUCGCGGUCCUGGCCCUGAGCUCCGUGGACGGGGACUCCGUGGCCGGGAUCUGCUACGUGGGGAACCAGAACCUGGACAACCUGCGCGGGUUCGUGCUGGCGCCCCUGGUCAUCUACCUGUUCAUCGGCACCAUGUUCCUGCUGGCCGGCUUCGUGUCCCUGUUCCGGAUCCGGAGCGUCAUCAAGCAGCAAGGGGGGACCAAGACGGACAAGCUGGAGCGGCUGAUGAUCCGGAUCGGGGUCUUCUCGGUGCUCUACACGGUCCCGGCCACGGUGAUCGUGGCGUGUUACUUCUACGAGCAACACAACCGGGAGGCGUGGGAAAUUACGCACAACUGUACGUGCCAGUCGGACCAGGACCAGGACCCGGGCCCGAGGCAGCAGCAGAAACCGGACUACGCAGUGUUCAUGCUGAAGUACUUCAUGUGCCUCCUGGUGGGCAUCACCUCGGGGGCCUGGGUCUGGUCCGGGAAGACCCUGGAGUCCUGGAGGCGGUUCUGCACCCGCUGCUGCUGGGGGUCCAAGACCUCGUCCGGGUCCAUGUACAGUGACGUCAGCACCGGGUUGACGUGGAGGUCCGGCACGGCGAGCUCCGGGUCCUGCCCCAAGCAGAUGCCUCUGUCCCGGGUCUGA